GUUUAAGUUACCGAGUUUGUACCAACAACUAAACAGUAACUGCCGGCGACUUGCCGAAGAAAGUGCUACUAUAAUUUAAGUGUGUUUUAAAUAAAGAUGGAAUUUGCAAACCCAUGCCCGGGAACCCUAACGGGACCGCCCUCCCAUAUGUUUAUGAGCGUAAUUAACACAAUAAUGGCCUCCCAGUGCUUAUUAUCUCCGAGCAAACUCUUUCCGCCCGACCACGCUGCCCACUUGAACGACGGCGACGAGUUCGAUUUUAUUGUAGUCGGUGGCGGAUCUGCAGGUUCCAGAGUCGCCAGCAGGCUAUCGGAAAAUCCCCAAUGGAGGGUUCUGCUGUUGGAAGCUGGAGGCUACCCGUCGGCCCACACUGAGAUUCCGACGGCUUUCUUCAGUUUGGUAAAAACGGACGACGAUUGGGGUUACGAUCUCGAAAAGAGCGAGCACGGGUGUCUAGGAUUGAAGUGUUUCGCACCACGAGGGAAGUCUUUGGGAGGGUCGAGCUCGAUAAACGGUAUGUUGUACUUGCGCGGUAAUCGAAAGGACUACGACACUUGGGCCAGCUUGGGGAACGCGGGGUGGGACUUCGACUCGGUCUUGGAGUACUUCAAGAGAAAUGAAGAUCUGCAGGACGUCGAGGAUGAACGAUUCGGUAAGGGAGGGGAUCUCAAGCUGACUCCCUACAUCAGCCCGCAGCCGAUACGCGAGGGGUUGAUUAAGGCGUACAAUGAAUUGGGGUAUGGCAAAUACGAGGAGGAGAAACCGGAAGGGUACUUCGACACAUACACAAACAUAUGGAAGGGCACCCGGCACAGUGCGGCCAAAGCCUACUUAGCCAAGGCAAAGGAUCGUAAAAACUUGUACGUCGCCCUCAAUGUCCAAGUCGGCAGGGUCACCAUUGACAAAGACCUUUCGGUUACCGGCGUCGAAGCGCGCAUCAACGGCAGGAUCAUCCAAAUUAGAGCCACCAAGGAGGUGGUGCUAUCGGCCGGAAGCGUAAACUCGCCACAAAUCCUCAUGAACUCGGGGAUUGGUCCAGAAGACCACCUUAAAGAGUUGGGCAUACCGGUCGUAAAGAACUUGAAGGUCGGCCAGAACCUUCAAGACCACAUCUUCUUCGUAGGGCUAAUGUACAACGUUGCCAAUAAUGCGCUAAUACCAAAAACGUCCGAUGACGUAAUGGACGAAUGGUACCAGUACCUUCGACACAGAACCGGGCCCAUCAGUCAAACGUCAAUUGGAAAUUUCCUGUUCUUCGGCGACCCCAGACGCAAAACCGAGUACCCAACCUUUGAGCUCUUCCACGUUCCAGUGUACCAAAAUGACCGUUACGGCGGCUUAAAGGAGGUACAAAGGGCACUCAAUCUUCCAGAGGAGGUCAUCAAGACGCAAGACGAAAACAACAAGAAAUCCAAUAACAUCUUCCUCCUCCCAUCGCUAGCAUAUCCGGAGUCGGUCGGCGAAAUUUUACUGCGAAGCGCCGAUCCUUACGACACCCCAAAAAUACACACCAACUACUUCAGCGAUCCCAAAGGCGAAGACAUCCGAGUUAUGCUGGACGCCGUGCGAUUUUCACAAAACCUGACCAAAACCAAGGCGUUCGCGACCUUCAACCCGAAGCUGGUGCACGUCGACGUGAAGAACUGCCGGCAAUUCACGCCCGACAGCGACGACUACUGGAAGUGCGCGAUUAAGAACAUAGCGACAACGGUCUACCAUCUGGUGGGGACUUGCAAAAUGGGACCGCAAGGGGAUCCCGAUGCCGUCGUCGAUUCCCGAUUGCGCAUUCACGGGAUGAAGGGUGUUCGAGUGAUCGACGCGUCGAUCAUGCCGAAAUUGGUGAGCUGUAACACGAACGGGCCGACGAUGAUGAUCGGGGAGAAGGGGGCGAGCAUGAUUUACGAGGAUUGGAGCGGAGAACGCGUGGAGCUCUGACCCCUUCAACUGUUUGCAAUGGUGCAGUAGAUAUCUUCACAUCAUCCUGCUAACAAGACUUGUCUGCAUCAUGUGCUCCUAAUACUAAAACUCAAGUGCUUCUGAUAUCAAAACUUUAAUAGUUCGAUAUUCGGAGUACAGAGGAAGCAGGAGAUAUUUUUAUAUUCCUCAUACCAAAAUUUAUAUCAGAUAAAAGAACGUGAAAAAGAAA